AUGGAGUCUAGGAGAAGGCUUGGAACGUACAGAGUUGAGCGGGAGGUGUUGGAUGAGCAGAGACUGGAGGAGGUAACACAGAGAAAAACCUAUUCAGAAAUCCACCAACCUCUAAGAGAACAGCUUAAAGACUCUUUCAGAUGUACAGUACCCAAGCUUAAGCGAAGUGUGAUGAGCAGCUUUCCUGUGCUGUACUGGAUGCCCAAGUACUCAAUCUGGGACUAUGGCAUGCCUGACCUAGUCUCUGGGAUUAGUGUGGGCAUAAUGCAUCUGCCACAAGGUAUGGCAUAUGCUCUGCUAGCUUCUGUACCUCCUGUGUUUGGGCUAUACUCAUCGCUUUAUCCCACACUUGUCUACUUCUUUUUCGGAACAUCACGUCAUAUCUCUAUCGGUACAUUCACUGUGCUCAGCAUCAUGGUGGGUAGUGUGACAGAGAGACUUGCUCCGGAUGAAUGUUUCAUGAAAACCAAUGGGACCAACAUCACAGGCGAGGUGGAUAUAAGUGCCCGAGAUUCAUACAGGGUGCAGGUGGCAGUUGCUACUACUUUCUUAGGAGGACUUAUACAGGUGCUACUGGGUGUGGUAAAGUUCGGCUUUGUGGGAACUUACUUGUCUGAGCCCCUGGUGCGUGCCUACACCACAGCUGCAGCAGCACAUGCCGUGGUGGCACAGCUCAAGUACAUGUUUGGAGUUUCCCCCAAGCCGUUUAGUGGCCCACUGUCACUUGUGUAUACUCUGGUGGACGUUUGCUCCUUGCUGCCUAACACUCAUCUCCCCACUCUGGUGGUCAGCAGUGUGACAAUGUUCCUUCUGAUUGCAGCCAAAGAGCUAAACUCAUUCCUCAGUGCGAGGCUGCCUGUGCCUGUCCCGGUGGAGCUCAUCACGAUUGUGGCAGGGACACUGACAUCAGCCUAUGCCAACUUGAACAGUAACUACAGUGUUUCAGUUGUUGGAGAAAUUCCAAGUGGUCUAAGCUCUCCCACUUUACCGGAUGUGAGUCUUUUUGGAGAAGUCAUUGGUGAUGCUUUUGCUCUGGCCAUCGUUGGAUAUGCCAUAUCCAUCUCACUGGGAAAAACAUUUGGACUGAAACAUGGUUACAAAGUGGACAGUAACCAGGAGCUUGUGGCGCUCGGUCUCAGUAACGCAGUGGGAAGCUUUUUCCAGUGUUUUUCUGUCUGCUCCUCCAUGUCCCGAAGUCUCAUCCAAGAGACCACCGGAGGUAAAACGCAAAUGGCUGGAGUUGCCUCGUCUCUAAUCGUUCUGGUGACCAUAUUGAAACUAGGAACGCUUUUCCAGGAACUGCCAAAUGCCGUCCUUUCUGCGAUUGCGCUUGUAAAUUUGAAAGGCAUGUUCAAGCAGUACUCUGAUGUUGUCACACUUUGGAGGAGCUGCAAAAUUGAUCUGCUGGUAUGGGUGGUCACUUGGGUGUCAACAAUGCUGCUGAAUCUGGAUCUGGGUCUGGCCACAUCCGUCUCCUUUGCUCUCCUCACUGUUAUUUUCAGGACUCAAAGGCCAACAUACUCUGUUCUGGGAAAUGUUCCAGGUACAGAGCUCUAUGUGGAUAUAGAGAUGCACAGAGAGGCAAAAGAGAUCCCAGGUGUUACCAUAUUCCGCUCAUCAGCUACAGUUUAUUUUGCCAACGCUGAGCUCUACCUUGAAGCCUUGAAAGAAAAAAGUGGGCUUGACAUUAGUAAAAUGAUUAUUUAUAAGAGGAGACAGGAAGUCAAACAGAGAAGACGAGAAAGAAGGGCUGAAAGACGGGCAAAGAGACUUGCCAAAAAAGAGAAACGGGCACAGAAGACAGCUGCACCGAUAUCUGGAUCCCAGGAGUUGUCAGAGGAGGAAGAGGAUGGCUGUUGGCAUGAGAUAGAGGAGACUUUCACAGAAAAAGAGGAGCAUGGCUGCGCCGACAGAGAAAAUGGCACAGUAUUUGUCAUCCCAACCACUCCCCGAACGCCCGACGGUCAUUCCAGAUGGGAGUACCUGAAAGGAGCAAAUCCAGACUGCACCAGCCUGGGGUGGAUGUCCGAGCUGCAGGAUGGAGACACCACCACGCUGGGCUCCAGCAGUGAGGACACACUGAGCCAUGACCUAGAGCGCAUCUCACUUGGAUCUUUGGGGAAGUGGACCUGGGACAUUCACUCCAUCAUUCUUGACCUCUCCACAGCUAACUUUAUUGACACUGUGGCAGCAAAGACUAUAAAAAAUAUUUUCCAGGACUUCAGUGAGAUUGAUGUGGAUAUAUAUAUCGCUGGCUGUCAAGCCUCAGUGGUCGAACAAUUACAGCUCGGCGACUUCUUCUCUGAGACAAUCACAAAGAGGCAUCUUUUUGCUUCUGUUCAUGAUGCUGUGCUCCACUGUCUCAACCAUCGUGGAGCUACAUCAUUCCCCAGAUACGACCCAACAGGGGACCUGCACAACAGCACAAAAUUUUAA